AUGAGCCGAGCUCGCUGCAGAUGGGGCAUCCUCUUCUCCCACCCGAGAGACUUCACACCUGUCUGCACCACAGAGCUUGGACGAGCGGCGAAACUGGCGCCCGAGUUCAGCAAGCGCAAUGUGAAGAUGAUCGCCCUCUCCAUUGACAGUGUCCAAGACCACCUCUCCUGGAGCAAGGACAUCAAUGCAUACAAUGGGGAACAACCUGAGGAGAAACUCCCCUUCCCCAUCAUUGCUGAUGCAAAGCGGGAGCUCGCUGUCAAGCUGGGCAUGCUGGACCCAGAUGAGCGGGACAAGGAUGGCAUGCCCCUGACUGCUCGCGUGGUGUUCAUUUUUGGCCCGGAUAAGAAGCUGAAACUCUCCAUCCUGUACCCAGCCACCACCGGCAGAAACUUUGAUGAGAUCCUGAGAGUGGUGGACUCCCUGCAGCUGACGGCGUACAAGAAGGUCGCUACCCCUGUGGACUGGAAGCCUGGUGACAGCGUCAUGGUUGUGCCCACCUUACCUGACGAGGAAGCCAAGAAGCUCUUUCCCAAAGGAGUCUUCACGAAAGGCCUCCCGUCGGGCAAGAAGUACCUGCGUUACACCCCACAGCCGGAGUGAGCGGGACGGGUCUGCCUAUCCAUCCUGCUGGGCUGCAGGUCAUUUGGCGUCGGGAGCCUUCCCCGUGCCCAGCUCCUGCCUCCCUGACACCGUGUGAUUAGCAGCCUCGUACCAUCACACUGAUGGUGCAUCGCAAUACUAAACCAGUCCUCCCCACCCCUUUCAUCCCCCACAUCCCCUCAAAACUAAAACCCUGGGUGUUUUCUUGCCUUGAAUCAGCCCCACAAGGAAGAGGUUAGCAGACCAGUGGGGGCUCCAGGGCUCGUGCUGUGGGGUCUCCUGUUCAGCACCGGCCAAGCUUUUCCUGGAGGCACCGUGAAAAGCGUGGUGUCAGCAGCCAGGCCCUGGAGGGGUGUCCUGCUGGGCGCACACACCUCCCAUCACCAUCACGGAGCUUCGGCAGCUCCAAACUGCUGCGUGCCUUUUGGAGCAGCCAUCACUAACACAUUAAUGCCUUUGUCUGGUCCUGUGCGUAGGGGAGGAGCUGCAGAGCCAAAUCUCUCACUUACUGCUUUCUCAUCUCUUGCUGGAAGUUGAUUGUUUUCGGGUUUUAUGGAAGAGGGAAUAGAGCAAAUAAACUGAUCUUCAGUACUGCC